CUAUCGACCCGGCACAGAAAAGCUAAUCGACCCGGCAUCACCGACCGCUCUUUGUACGGUUACACUUUGGACGCCAUAUUGUUUCAACUGCCGAACAACCACGCAACGACCGUCGGCUCUUUACCAAUCUCACCACUCCGCUCAACGUCCACCACCACAACCACCACCACUGCAACAACAACAAUAUCACCAGUUAAACCUACCUACAACAAAAUAAAGAAAAAGGAAGGUAAAAAAAACGGUGGUAGUUGCCACAAGAACAACAAAACCAAUUAUUCGAGGAAGGACGGAAUAUAUUACGUAAAACAACUCUCCUUUCAUAACAAAAGGAUUAUAACAAACCCCUGGACAAUAACAAUAACAACAACCUUAUUCAGAUUGAAAGAAAGAAAGAAAGUCAACAAUAUAAGCGUCAAAGGUUUUCGCUAACAAAAAAAAAAUAAAGAAGAAAAUUAAAAAAACAAAACAGUGGUAUAAUCAAAUAAUGAAUAAAUAAAUAAAUAACAGUGUAGUGUUUGCUAAAAUAUAGAACAAUAACGACAACAACAACAACAAUAAUAAUAUUAUAAGCAGCGCCACCCCAUUCAGGAAACUUAAACAAACGAAAAUGUAUCGUCUGUUUCCGCCAUGAUGUUUGUACUCGCUGAUUCCUAAAAGUCCAACUAACGACUAACAACAACAACCACCACUACUACUACUACUACUACUACUACUACUACUACUACUACUACAGCUACUGCUGCUGCUGCUGCUGCUGUUGUGGGGUGAAGGUCGUACCUGUUGAAAAACCAGAUAAAGAAAGACCUCGUGCACCAGGAAGCGGAAGAACAACAGCAGCAAUAACAACAACAAAUGCUAGCAAUAUUGAACUGUAAUAACAACAACAAUAACAAAAGCAACGUGAGUAGUAGCAACAACAACAACAACAACAACAAUAUCCGCAGUGACUACUGCUGCAACAACCACGCCACCACUCUCACCUCUGUCACUAGCGCCGCCUACAGCAACCGAAGAGGACAACAACAACAGCAGCAGCAACAUUUAAUGGAACGAUAAACUGUUGAAUAUUCUGUCGCCGGAAGUUGACAACUACUUCAGCAGCAGUAGCAGCAGCAGCAGCAGCAGCAACAGCAGCAAGAAACUGUAAGAUCAUCAUCAUCUUCACCCUCAGCAGCAGCAGCAGUAGUUGAAACAACCACAGCAACAGCAACAGCAGCAGCAGCAGCAGCAGCAGCAAAAACACCAGCAGUUCCGCAAGAAUUACAUAAAUGCUCUGGUUUCGUUCGCAACAAAAACAACGACUACAAACGGCGGGCGUUGCGAAUAUAAUAAGAAUUACAACAGCAAAAAGCAGGAAUUAAUAUUGCAUGGAAAGUGACUUCGCAACAGGUCUAGUUCUCGCAACACCAGCGUAACCAAUCGCAACAACAACAACAACGAUAACAACAAGCAGGAUGUAAUUAGCAACAACGACAAGAACAAAGUUGAUAACUGCUAGAAACGCUUUCUUUUUAGCAAAAACAAUAGCGUUCCGCCAUUUGACUACUACUACUAGUAGUACUACUGCUGCUGCUGCUGCUGCUGUUGCUGCUGCUGCUGCUACUGCUGCUACCGCUGCUGCUGCUGCUGCCACUGUUGCUGUUGAUGCUGCUGUGAUAUAAAUACAGUCGCAAGAAGCGGAGACAAUAAGAGAUGAAAUAAUAGAAUAACUGUUACUCACAGUGCAACGGCAUCGGCGACAACAACAACAACAACAACAAUAAAAACGAUAGCAGCUAUAACUACAACAACAACAACGCAAGACUUAAGUUCCUUUAUCUCUUUAUACCAAACCUAAAUUAAGAACUCAGCCACAAUAACAGCGCUUAAUACUGUUAGUAACAGCUACUACUACUACUACAACAACAACAACUACUACUACUACUACUACUACUACUACUACUUAGAAACGCAACAAUUUGUCUCCGUUUUCUUUUCUGUAAUGUCAGCCAGUUUUAUCAGCUUAACACCGCCACCACCAUCUCCGCCGCCUGGACCUCCACCACCACCGACGACAGCGACACCAAUAGCAUCCCCACCGUCACCCCAACGCAACCGCGAAAACCAAGAAAAUUCGACGCCAUGACAAGAAGAAGAAAGCGAUUCGCUCAUUACGCUCUCAAGUCCGUGUAAGGACUUUUGGUACAACUACCACUACCACCACCACCACUACUACUACUACUACUACUACUACUACUACUACUACUACUACUACUACUUAACGUAUCGUUCUUUUUUUUCCUAUCUUAUAACUGCUUCCGGUUUUAGUAGCAAACUUCAGUAGUAUCACCUUUGUGUUGUUGUUGUGGUGGUGGUGGUAGUAGUGGUCGUAGUUGUGGUCGUCGGAAGAGUCCGUCUUAUGGACCGGCACAACGGGGUAUGGUACUGUUGUGGAGGCGGCGGCUGCAACGACGGAGGCGCUCGAAACAAAACAGCGUAAGAGGCUUGCGGCCGGAAACGAGGCGACGGGACGGCCAUAGAGGAAAAAGGGACGAAACAGCGACGGAGACACCAUCUUGUGUUAACAACUACUCCUCCUCCUGCUCAUCCCCCAACUCUUCUUUUUCUUUUUCCUUCUUUUCCUCUUCUUUAUCCUACUUCUUCUCCUCAUCAUCCUCCGCCUCACCCUCCGGGCUAUCCUCGGCUGCCGCGACAGCACCACCGGCGACAGAAUCAUUGCUAACAACAACAGCAGCAGCAGCAGCAGCAGCAGCAACAGCAACAGCAGCAGCAACAGUAGCAACAACAGCAGCAGCAGCAGCAGCAACAACAACAACAACAGCAGCAGCAGCCGUAGCAACGCGCCUACGUCCACCGCUGACACAAACGUCCUUUGCGGCAUUAACACCUUCAUCAUCGCUGUUACAGCCGUUGUCCACCACCGAAACACUAGCAACAACACCAACCACUACACCUCCUGCACUACUACCACCAACACCGGCAGACACCACCACUACUACUACUACUACUACUACUACUAAUAGAGAAGCAACAACAAACACUGCCCCAAUCAUCGCAACAACCACUGCCACCACUACUACAACUAACUGCAUAAAUUCUACUGCUUAUAAAACUACUACUACUACUACUACUACUACUACUACUACUACUACUACUACUACUACUACUACUACUACUACUACUACUACCACUACUACUACUACUAGCACCACAACGGCGUCGGCGACGACGAGGACCACAACAGUGAGGACAGGACAAAUUCCGCUGGUGUUAGCAACAACGUCGACGAAAGUGCCAAAGACCAAGUCGAUAAAGAAGAGAAAGAAGAAGAAGAAAAAGAAGAGGAAGAAAAAGACCAAGUGGAAAGGGACCACGCUUAACUCGGCAUCGAAAUCGAAAGUUAAAGUCCAAACAGAUGAAACGAAAUUAAAAGGGUCGCAUAGAUUGCAGAGUUGCAACAGGGGACAUAGUAGCGGAGUAUUAAAGGAUAAACGGCCGGGAACCGAUAACUUUGAUCCCAACUCCAAAAAGUCGCGUUGUUUUAAGCAUCACCGCAAAAAUAUCGUAAAUAAAGAUUUGCCGAAGAAGAAGAAUGGGAAAAGAUUCGCUUCGAAUAGAAAGAAAAAGCCGAGAAAACGAGAAUCAACGAGACGUGUAGACGAAAAAGUAGAAGCAUCUAACCGAAAGACUUUGGUUGCAUUCUGGUUGGAGGCGACAAAGAAUUGGUUAUUAAAAGAAACUAGAAUUUAUGAAGGCAAGUACAAAAUAGAAGAUAGCGGAGUGGUGGAUUUACAGCGAAAACUCGCAAAGUCAGCGAAAUAUGAGCUGAUAAGUGUUACGAAAAAGAAUAUUAAAAAUCGUAACAGUAAAAAUAUUAAAAAGAAUAAGAAAACGAAAAUAUCGAAAAUAAUAAAAAGGAGAGAGAAAAUAAAUUCAAGAGAAUUGAGAAUAAAAGACCCCAAAGCAAGGAGAAACGCAGAAAGAAUAACACGAAAGAGGAACGUGGAGAGGAAAGACAUAAAGUUUGUGGCGUCUUUCGUUAGAUCAAGUUUAAGCCAAAACGAUUCUUUGGCGUUCUUGAAGACAUUUCAUACAUCCGUUUCACAACCGGAGCUGGAAAGGUUGUCAACGGAAUUGUUAUCUAACUGCAAAAGGGAAAAAUUGCAACUGCUUCAAGUGGCAGCGACAAUUAACAUCAACGCUACAACAACAGCAACAACAAUAACAAACACCACCACCACAACAACAACAAAAAACACAACAAACACCAGCAACAACAACAACAACAACAAUACUACAACAAUAACAUUCACAACCGCAUUCACGAACACAGCUGCAUUUUCUUCAACAAUUCCAAGAAUACCUAGUGAAACCAUUAUAUGUAUUAAAGUGUCAACAACAACAACAACAACAACCACAAACACAACAACAACAACAACAACAACAACAACAACAACACAACAACAACCGCAGCUAUCAAAACAAACGCAAAACAUUAACUUUACCAGUAAUCCACUUUCUGGUACUCACCAUCAACAAACGCAACAGCAACAGCAACAACAGCAACAACAACAACAACAACAGCCUCAGCCUCAUCCGAAAUCGUCAGAGGCGACCCAGGUUCAAAACUCAUUCAAUCCGGAUAAUUUACUGAAUGAUCGACUUGUUCAACUCCAACCUAUAAUAUUUCCUAGCUACCGCCAUCUUAAUAGUAAUAAUAACAACAACAACAACAACAACAACAGCAGCAACAACAACAACCAGCAUCCUCACUCUCAUCCUCAUCACCACAACCAACAGCAUUACUACUCGCAUCAUGAACAACAACAACAACAG